UGUUGUGCACGCUCGUCUCAGGCAAUCAUGGGUAACUGGGUGGAGAAUGAAGGACUGUCCAUCUUCGUCGUUCUUGUGUGGCUGGGGUUAAAUGUCUUCCUCUUUUGGUGGUACUAUCUCGCAUAUGAUGUCCCACCAAAAUUCUUCUACACCAGAGUACUUCUUGGCCGUGCUUUGGCUCUGGCAAGGGCCCCUGCAGCUUGUCUGAAUUUCAACUGCAUGCUGAUUCUGUUGCCAGUAUGUCGAAACUUGCUCUCCUUCCUCAGAGGAUCAAGUGCGUGCUGCUCUACCCGUGUCAGACGACAGCUGGACAGGAACCUCACCUUUCACAAAAUGGUGGCAUGGAUGAUCGCCCUUCAUACUGCAAUUCACACCAUCGCACACUUAUUCAACGUAGAGUGGAGUGUGCAAGCCCGUGUUGAAAAGAAAGGAACUCUGGCAGCUGCGCUUUCUAGCCUUGGUGAUAACCCAAAUGAAAGUUAUAUCAACUUUUUUAGAAAAAAUAUUGAGAAUCCUAUAGGGGGCCUAUAUGUGGCUUUCACGUACUUGGCUGGUCUCACUGGUGUUAUCAUCACGCUGGCCCUUAUACUAAUCAUCACAUCAUCCACCAAAACCAUCCGAAGAUCAUAUUUUGAAGUAUUCUGGUACACCCACCAUCUCUUUGUCAUCUUCUUUAUUGGCCUUGUCAUCCAUGGUGCUGGGCGUAUCGUACGAGGGCAGACAGCUGAGAGUCUGGCUGUACAUAAUCCAGAGAUUUGCUACAAGAACUUCACUCACUGGGGAAAGAAGGGAGCUUGCCCAAUCCCCCAGUUUUCAGGGAAUCCUCCUAUGACAUGGAAGUGGGUAGUAGGUCCCAUGUUUUUGUACCUGUGUGAGAGGUUGGUGCGGUUUUGGAGGUCACAGCAGAAAGUUGUUAUCACAAAGGUGGUCAUUCAUCCCUUCAAGACAAUUGAGCUCCAGAUGAUGAAGAAGGGCUUCAAGAUGGAGGUUGGGCAAUACAUUUUUGUCAAAUGUCCAGCAGUGUCUAAACUGGAAUGGCAUCCAUUUACAUUAACCUCUGCUCCAGAAGAGGAUUACUUCAGCAUUCAUGUCCGUAUUGUAGGGGACUGGACAGAGGGCUUGUUCAAUGCCUGCGGAUGUGAUAAGCAAGAAUUCCAGGAGGCAUGGAAGUUGCCCAAGAUAGCUGUGGACGGUCCCUUUGGAACAGCGAGUGAGGAUGUAUUCAGUUAUGAAACUGUUAUGCUUGUGGGAGCUGGAAUAGGGGUCACCCCGUUUGCAUCUGUACUCAAGUCUGUCUGGUACAAAUACUGCCACGAUGCGACCAACCUAAAACUCAAAAAGAUCUAUUUUUACUGGCUUUGCAGGGACACUCAUGCCUUUGAAUGGUUUGCUGACCUCCUGCAAUCUCUGGAAGCUCAAAUGCAGGAGAGGAAUAACGCAGAGUUUCUCAGCUAUAACAUCUACCUUACAGGCUGGGAUGAAUCUCAGGCCACUCAUUUCGUAGUGCAUCAUGAAGAAGAGAAAGAUGUGAUUACAGGCCUUAAACAGAAAACGUUGUAUGGAAGACCUAACUGGGAAAAUGAGUUCAAAACUAUUGCAGGGAAGCAUCCUGGCUCCAGGAUAGGUGUUUUUCUCUGUGGACCUGAGGGCCUAGCUGACACGCUUAACAAGCAGAGUAUCAGCAACUCAGAAGCUGACCCACGAGGAGUACACUUCAUUUUUAACAAGGAAAAUUUCUAACUCCCAAGCAUGUGGGAGUCAUUCAAUACAAAGUGUAAAGACUGGAUCUCUUUUUCCUAUUUGGAGUCUGGGAAGGACAGCCCAGCUUCUAAUUUCAGCUACACUAACACAAAUCCCUUUGCUUCUUGGGAAUUAUUUUGGCACUCUGGUAGAGUAAAAGAGUCAAGUUUUACCUUAGGGAAGUUUGC